UGCUGUGGUCUUGCGAAGGGAGAUCCCCUGCAGAGCCGGGACAAAGGCAGCUUAUUUACAGACAGGCAGAGGGCGAGCGGCGCUGGCGGAAUCGGAAGGAUCGCUUCAGCAUGCAAAAGCCUGGAGGAGCCUCUGAGCCCCACUUAGCCUGCAGAUGCCGAUAAUGGACACAUUGUUGUUAUGUGCCUUCAAGUCGACUAUAACUUAUGGCGACCCUAUGAAUCAGCAACCUCCAACAGCAUCUGUCGUGAACCACCCUGUUCAGAUCUUGUAAGUUCAGGCUGCAGAAUGACAUCCCUGCCUCAGUUCAGAUUGUGCUGUCCUCCUUCCAACAGAUGGGAAGGCACGGUAGCUGAGGAACCAGCAAAGAGUCCAGUGACUUUUCAGGAUGUGGCUGUGUAUUUCACAGAGCGAGAGGGGGCUCUGCUGGAUCCAGGCCAAAGAGCCUUGUACAGGGACGUCAUGGUGGAAAACUACGAGAACGUGGCAUCGCUGGGAUUUCUUGUCCCAGAGCCUGAGCUUGUCGCCCAGCUGGAGCGAGGAGAAUUCCUGUGGGUUCCCGAUUCUCAGGCCUGGGAAGAAAUGAAGAUCUCCAACACCAGCUUAGAAGUAUUUCAUGAUGCGAAACCUGAGCCUAUAGCCCGGCUGGAACAAGAAUCACCACCGAGGGCAGCAGAUCUGCAGGAUUCUGAUGAGACACAGUCUGGGGGUGCCAACUCAGGAGAUGACUCUAGGAGAAAGAACAUGUGUUGUGUCUGUGGGAAGUGUUUUACGCAGAAACUUAACCUUACCAGACAUAGGCAAGUCCAUGUGAGGCACAAACCGUACAAGUGCUUGAGAUGUGGGAAACGGUUUGCUCGUCAAUCACAUCUUUUAAGCCAUUAUAGAGUCCACACAGGAGAGAAACCCUACAAAUGUUCAGAAUGUGGGAAACAGUUCUCUCAGCAACCUCAUCUUCUGAGCCACAAGAGAAUCCACACAGGUGAAAAACCCUAUCACUGCCAGGUGUGUGGAAAAUGUUUUGCUCACCACUCUGGCUUUGUGAAACACCAGACUGUCCAUGGAGGAGACAAGCCCUAUCAGUGCCCCAAGUGCAAGAAAUGUUUUGCUCGCCUCUCAUACCUUGUGAACCAUCAGAGAAUCCACACAGGAGAGAAACCUUAUAAAUGCUUGGAGUGUAGCAAAUGUUUUUCUCAACAAGCUCAUCUCAUGAAUCACCAGAGACUCCACACUGGAGAGAAACCCUACAAGUGCACAGAAUGUGAGAAAUGUUUUGCUGAUUCCUCCACCUUUGCAAAACACCAAAGAGUCCACACAGGAGAGAAACCUUACAAAUGCAUGGAGUGUGGGAAAUGUUUUGCUUACAGUUCAGCCUUUUUGAUACACAAGAGAAUCCACACCGGAGAGAAACCCUAUAAAUGUUCAGAGUGUGGGAAAUGUUUUGGUCGCCAGUCACACCUUGUAAAACAUCAAAGGAUUCAUACAGGGGAGCGAAGCUUUAAAUGCUUGGAGUGUGGGAAAAGUUUUGCUGACAAGUCUACCUUAGUGAUUCACCGGAGAGUCCACACAGGAGAGAAACCAUAUAAAUGCACUGUGUGUGGGAAAUGUUUUGCUUACCGCUCGGUUUGCAUGAAACACGAGAGAAUUCACACUGGAGAAAAACCUUACAAAUGCCCGGAGUGUGGGAAGUGUUUUUCCCACCGGCCAGAUCUUAAGAUCCACAAGAGAGUCCACACUGGAGAGAAACCAUAUAAAUGCUUGGAGUGUGGGAAAUGUUUCGGUUACAAAUCAUACCUUGUGGACCAUCACAGGCUCCACACAGGGGAGAAACCUUAUGAAUGCUCGGAGUGUGGGAAAUGUUUUGUUCAGCAGUCGAACUUCGUGACGCAUCAGAGAGUGCACACAGGGGAGAAACCUUAUUCAUGUUUAGAGUGUGGCAAGUGUUUUACUCAACAAUCCAACUUAGUGAUACAUCAGAGGGUGCACACAGGAGAAAAACCUUAUGACUGUCUCAAGUGUGGGAAAUCUUUUUCUCGCUGCUCAAGCUUUGUGAAACAUCAGCGAUCCCACACAGGAGAGAGACCCUAUGAGUGUUUGCAGUGUGGGAAAUGCUUUGCUCACCAUUCGGACCUUAUGCAACACCACAGAGUCCACACGGGAGAAAAACCUUACAGGUGCCCAGAGUGUGAGAAAUGUUUUGCUCACCGCUCAGCAUUUGUGAAACAUCAGAGAGUUCACACGGGAGAGAAGCCUUAUAAAUGUUUGGAAUGUGGGAAAAGCUUUGCUCGGCAGUCAAGUUUUUCAACACACCAGAGAGUCCACACAGGAGAGAAACCCUAUAAAUGCUUGGAGUGUGGGAAAUGUUUUGCUCAACACUCCAAUCUAGCAACACACAAGAGAGUCCACACAGGAGAGAAACCUUAUGAAUGUCCUGAUUGCAGGAAGUGUUUUGCUCAACGGCCACACCUUGUGAUUCACCAGACAAUACAUUCAGGGGAGAAGCAGUGCAAGUGCUUGGAGUGUGGAAAAUGUUUUGCUCACAAAUCUCUCCUGGUUAGUCAUCAAAGAGUGCAUACAGGAGAGAAACCUUAUAAAUGCCUUGAGUGUGGGAAAUGUUUCGCACAACGCCCACACCUUGUGACUCAUCGGAGGGUUCAUACCGGAGAAAAACCUUACAAAUGCCCUGAAUGUGGGAAGUGUUUCAGUCAGCACCCACAUCUCGUCAUCCACCAGAAAGUCCAUGUAGGAGGCAAACGAAACUGGGAUAAAUCUCAAAGAUCCUAUGCAGCACGGCAUCCAAAGACAGAGCACCUCUCCCCAAAGAGUGGAAAGCAUCAAAGAAGCUGCACAGGAAAGAAAAUGGUAUGAACGUCUUUCGUGAAGGAAAAGACUGUCCCUGGAUGAAGCACUACUAAUUCAUAAAGCAGCCCCACGAGAAAGAAGCCCUGUGGAUAGCAGAAGAUUCAUUCAGAGCCAGCCGUAGAUGCUUUGAUGAAGAUGUCUUAAGAAACUGCAUGAAGGGGGUUAAUAUUUCUGAAUCCUUUGCAAAUGGAGCAAAGGAAUGUAUAUGGAAAAUACGGUACCCGGCCUCUUUUGUGAGCUC